GGACUGAUGUCUUUGUCACCUCUGGGUGAGAUAACUACAAUGUGAUCUUGACAACCGCCUAGAAGUUCCAGUUUGUUGCAGUAUGCAGUGCUUGACUUCCUGUGGGCAUGUGAAAUGUGAGAUCUGAUCCCUGUUUGGGCUUCCUGCUGACCUCAGAGUGCCAUUCAUGGGGGUAAUUUCUUUGGGCCCCAAAUCAUCCUGGACCAGGUCAACGCCUUACAAAGAGGCAGGAACGUCUCCAGUGGUGAAACUGGACAAGGCCAGAACUACGGGGCCAGGGAAACAUGUCCCGUCGGAAACAGACCAAUCCAAAUAAAGUUCACUGGGAACAGGUAUUUGCUGGGCUGGAGGAGCAAGCCCGACAGGCGAUGAUGAAAACUGAUUUUCCUGGAGAUCUUGGCAAUCAGCAUCCAGCUAUCCAACAACUGAGAGAUCAGGCCUCCAGUAGCAGCGACAGUGAGGGGGACGAAGAGGAGACCACACAGGACGAAGUCUCUUCCCAUACAUCCGAGGAGGAUGGAGGGAUGGUGAAAGUAAAAAAGGAGCUAGAGAACACAGAGCAGAGUGUUGGAGGGAAUGAGGUGACAGGGGAGCACGAGGUCACUGAACAUUUGAAUUCUGACCCCAUGCUUGGCCUUUGUCAGUGUCCCCUUUGUCAAUUGGACUGUGGUAGCCGAGAACAACUCAUUGCUCAUGUAUACCAGCACACUGCAGCAGUGGUGAGUGCCAAGAGUUAUGUGUGCCCUGUAUGUGGCCGAGCCCUCAGCUCCCCAGGGUCACUAGGCCGCCACCUCCUCAUCCACUCUGAGGACCAGCGGUCCAACUGUGCAGUAUGUGGAGCUCGUUUCACCAGUCACGCCACCUUCAAUAGUGAAAAGCUUCCAGAAGUACUGAAUAUGGAAUCCAUACCCCCCAACCACAGUGAAGGUCCCUCCAAUGCAGAGGGGAAGGACAUUGCCUUCAGUCCCCCUGUGUACCCUGCUGGAAUCCUGCUGGUGUGUAACAACUGUGCCGCCUACCGCAAGCUUCUAGAAGCUCAGGCUCCUGGGGUCCGCAAGUGGGCACUGAGGAGGCAGAAUGAGCCCCUUGAGGUUCGGCUGCAGAGGCUGGAACGUGAACGCACAGCCAAGAAGAGCAGGCGGGACAAUGAAACCCCAGAAGAGCGGGAAGUGAGGCGCAUGCGGGACCGUGAAGCUAAGCGCCUGCAACGCCUGCAGGAGACUGACGAGCAACGGGCACGCCGCCUUCAGAGGGACCGAGAGGCCAUGAGACUUAAACGCGCCAAUGAAACUCCGGAGAAGCGGCAGGCCCGGCUUAUCCGGGAGCGUGAAGCCAAGCGGCUAAAACGGCGGCUAGAAAAAAUGGACAUGAUGUUGCGAGCUCAGUUUGGUCAGGACCCCUCUGCUGUGGCAGCCUUGGCGGCAGAGAUGAGCUUUUUCCAGCUGCCAGUGGGUGGGGUAGAGCUGGAGAGUCAGCUUCUGGGCAAGGUGGCCUUUGAGGAGCAGAACAGUAGCUCCCUGCACUGACCAGAUCAGACCAGCACUAGGUCAACAUGGACCAGUCCUCUGCCUGCCUACAAGCCUCUGUCCUCACUGCUGGGGAGGCUCCUGGGUUUGGACCCGGCUUGGCCCUUGCUGUCACACACGCACCGAAGCUUCCCUUGCAUGCUGGAGGAGAAUGGGGACGAAGAGGGGGCUGAAGUAGGCAGCCCAGAGGGAGCAGGCACUCCAGACGACCAGAUCCCAAGCCAUGGUUGCAGGACAUGACUAGUGCUCUGCAAGCCAGGUGAAGCCCCCACUUCAGGAGGGCAAAUAAAUUAAUUUUAUCUUUA